AUGAUCAAAGUCCUGAUAAAACGCCCGCCCAGAAAACUCAGUGCAUCCACUUCGCCAGAUUCAUCCACAUCGCCGCAACCUCUACGCAAGUACCCGUGGGAUUCUCACCAAGAUGAUAUAGUAGUGAACAGCGUCGAAACGCCGAAUCAGACAGGACGACUCACUGGUGUAGAACAUUAUCUCCAACAGCUCUCUCUAAAGAAAGACUACAAGGACAUCUGCACAGAUUUUGACGAGUACCGUCGCAACGGGCUGAGAGCGACGGACGCGUGGGACCCUAGUGAUGAGCAGCCAGACGAAGAGCAAGAGCGAUACAAGCCCCUCACGAACUACUCGUCCACAACUAUCCCACGACCACCGCCAGUGUAUACCGAGUACGAACACCAAAUCUACACAUGUACGACGACCAACCCCGCCAUAUGUCUCGCCAUAGCGCGCAUCGCCCAGCAUAACCUCCCCAACAUAAACUUUCAGUCGGCGAUUAACCACCUGCCCAACGUGCCCCUCCCCGCCCGGCUUCCCAAACUACAAUUCGGUGUUUUGGCAGAAGAUAUACCCCACGAACAGGAUGAAAACAACGACAAAAUCGUUACCGUACUCUUCCUACCGCGGUUCUAUCACGACGGCAGACACGCACUGGGAUACUACACUGCCGAUCCGCCUACAAGCAACUCCGCACAGGACGCUUGGCGGGCGCGCUUGAAAGAUGUGCGACAGAUGCUGUUUACGCCGUGUGUACUUGAGGAUUUGGAGGCGUACGGGAUGAUUAGGUAUGCGGCUGUUUCCAGAGCCCAAGAUGGUAUCGAGACGGGUGAUGCGUCUGUGCAGAGUAUUGGCGCCAGGGGAGGGAGAUGGCUUCAGUAUGAUAAUGUCGAGGAUUGGGAUGAGCGGAGGACGGCGUUCCAUAUUGUAGAGAUGCUUUGGGAUAAGCGGUUGGGUGUGGCGACGGGUUUGGAGGAAUCAUCCCUCUAA